ACAGUUUCAAAUAUAAUGUUCUUAAGAAAACUGAAAGAGCUUUUUCUGCCCGUGGACGCCACCGAGAAAGCAUCGUUGAAGACUUCCCUGCCUCCACUGCCGUCAUGUCUAAAUCAGUCUCCCAAAGAGCCCGAACAGCUGCGGAAGCUCUUCAUCGGAGGAUUGAGCUUUGAAACAACUGAUGAGAGUCUGAGGAGCCAUUUUGAGCAAUGGGGAACGCUCACAGACUGUGUGGUAAUGAGGGAUCCAAACACCAAGCGCUCCAGAGGCUUCGGGUUUGUCACAUACGCCACGGUGGAGGAGGUGGACGCGGCCAUGAAUGCAAGGCCACACAAGGUGGACGGAAGAGUUGUGGAACCAAAGAGGGCCGUGUCAAGAGAAGAUUCUCAAAGACCUGGUGCCCACUUAACUGUGAAAAAGAUUUUUGUUGGUGGCAUUAAAGAAGACACUGAAGAACAUCACCUGAGAGAUUAUUUUGAACAGUAUGGAAAAAUUGAAGUAAUUGAAAUCAUGACUGAUCGAGGCAGUGGCAAAAAGAGAGGCUUUGCUUUUGUAACCUUUGAUGACCAUGACUCUGUAGACAAAAUUGUCAUUCAGAAAUACCACACUGUGAAUGGCCACAACUGUGAAGUGAGAAAAGCACUGUCUAAGCAAGAGAUGGCUAGUGCUUCAUCCAGCCAGAGAGGUCGAAGUGGUUCUGGAAACUUUGGUGGUGGUCGUGGAGGUGGUUUUGGUGGGAAUGACAACUUUGGUCGUGGAGGAAACAUCAGUGGUCGAGGUGGCUUUGGUGGCAGCCGUGGUGGUGGCGGAUAUGGUGGCAGUGGGGAUGGAUAUAAUGGAUUUGGUAAUGACGGAAGCAAUUUUGGAGGUGGCGGAAGCUACAAUGAUUUUGGCAAUUACAAUAAUCAAUCUUCAAAUUUUGGACCCAUGAAAGGAGGAAACUUUGGAGGCAGAAGUUCUGGCCCCUAUGGUGGUGGAGGCCAAUACUUUGCCAAACCACGAAACCAAGGUGGCUAUGGUGGUUCCAGCAGCAGCAGUAGCUAUGGCAAGGGCAGAAGGUUUUAAUUACUGCCAGGAAACAGAGCUUAGCAGGAGAGGAGAGCCAGAGAAGUGACAGGGAAGCUACAGGUUACAACAGAUUUGUGAACUCAGCCAAGCACAGUGGUGGCAGGGCCUAGCUGCUACAAAGAAGACAUGUUUUAGACAAUACUCAUGUGUAUGGGCAAAAAACUCGAGGACUGUACUUGUGACUAAUUGUAUAACAGGUUAUUUUAGUUUCUGUUCUGUGGAAAGUGUAAAGCAUUCCAACAAAGGGUUUUAAUGUAGAUUUUUUUUUUGCACCCAUGCUGUUGAUUGCUAAAUGUAAUAGUCUGAUCAUGACGCUGAAUAAAUGUCUUUUUUUUUUUUUAAUGUGCUGUGUAAAGUUAGUCUACUCUGAAGCCAUUUUGGUAAACUACCCCAACAGUGUGAAGUUAGAAUUCCUUCAGGGUGAUGCCAGGUUCCAUUUGAAAUUUAUUUACCACUUGUUUGGUGGAGAAGCUGUUGUCUUCAGAACCUUGGUGUAGUUGAAGUGACAGUUACUGUGUUGUGACCUGGAGUUCACCAUUAAAAGGGUCACCCAUGCAAAGUCAUGGAGGUUUUUUUUUUUUUUUUUGGUUAUUAAUGAUUGUUGGCACAUCCUAUGCAAUAUAUCUAAAUUGAAUUAUGGUACCAGAUAAAAGUUAUAGAUGGGAAUGAAGCUUGUGUAUCAUCCAUUAUCAUGUGUAAUCAAUAAAAGAUUUAAUACCCUCAAAAAAAAAAAAAAAAAGAAAA